CACGCUCUCAAAUAGCGAUGAAAUUUUCGAAUAGCAACGCGCGUAACGGGUAGAGAAUAGUUUUUUGUGUAAAUUUGGCGUUUUAUUCCAUAUAAAUUACGCGCAGUGAGUGGUAAAAGGAAUAAAGUGAAUGGUUAAUGUGUUAUUUGUAAGAUAUUGAUUUCUAAACACUUGGGAAAUUGGAAAAUAUCGGUGGGUAUCGCCCGAAUGAAUGACUCCUUGGAAAUGGAUCGAAUGGACGAAAUCGAGCAAACCGUGACUCGACAAGCCCAGGAUAUAGUUUAUAGUUCGAUUCAUCGGGUGCGGCAGCUGUGGGAAGAAAUUUUCGAUGAACAAAUUUUCCAGGAUCAUAUGAUCCGGCUUCCGGAACACAUUCAAACGUUUUUCGACGAGGUGUAUGAGGAAAGCGAAAACCGGAAGCUGAACAUUUUGAAAACCAUCGAAGAGCUCAAACAGGAAGCAGCCAAUUUGAAAAGACUACUGCGGGAAGAUAUCGCGGGGGACGAUGUCGAACCGGAGCCGGGCAUUCCGCUGCGAUUGGUGCAGAUUCAGCUGGAUCAAAGCUUGGAGGUGAUGCGCGAGAAGCUAAGGCUUCGCCAUGACCAUAUCGAUGAGUAUUUACUGGAAGAGGAAACUUUGUGCGAGGAAUUGGGAGAGACACCACGUUUGCUUAGUAAGGAUCCCCUCCCAUCGGAGGCUGAAAUGUGUGAAUUUCGAUCCUAUCUGGACAAUAUGCGUGCGGAAAAGCUGCAAAGAUUUGACGAAAUAGCUUCCAUGAGGCGGGAGAUCAAAAUAAUGAUGAGUCAGCUCGAGAUUGUCGCCCAAUCGGAACGCCAGGACGAAUUGAUAAACGCUAAGAAUUUCCCUCCGACUCGAUACAAUUUGACCGAACUGAGACAUUUGCACGAACUAAUUUGUUCUCAGUACGAAGAUUUGAAAGAUAACAUUGAUCGUAUUCGAGAUAAGCUGCAAAACCUGUGGAGUUAUUUGGCGGUUAGUCCUUCGAAAAUCAAACGAUUUGAUAAAUACAACGAUUACACACAGACCACGUACGACAAGCUUUUUACGGAAUUAGACCGCUGCGAAACUUUGAGACGAGAAAACAUUCAAGCUUUUGUUGACCGUGCCCGGAUGGAAAUUGUAGAAUGGUGGGAUAAAUGUUUGAAGUCUAAUGAUGAACGGUCCAGGUUUUCCACAUUCAAAAGCGAUGUUUACAACGAAGAUCUACUCACGUUGCAUGAGAUGGAACUGAAUGAUUUGAAGGAAUUCUACCGCAACUAUGAAACGAUUUUUCAGCUGAUAGAACAACGCCGCGAGAUGUUUGAAAAAAUGAUUAAACUAGAGCAAAAAUCAAAUGAUCCUUCACGGUAUAAUAACCGAGGCGGUAAACUGUUGGAGGAAGAAAAAGAACGCAAACGAAUAUGUAUUCAGCUGCCGAAGAUAGAAAAUCGUUUGCUAGAAGCUUGCCACAGCUACGAACAGGAGAACAAACGAAAGUUUACAGUCUUCGGGGAACCGGUUGACGAAAUGAUUCAAUCUCAAUGGUCCCGGCACAGAGAAGGUAAAAUGAUGACUUCUAGUGCUCGAAAAAAAGCAAACAUGGCAACUCCCACAACUUCCAACCGUACGGCACUUGUCCGAACUCCUAGAACGGCAGACGCAACCGCUAAACAUACCAGUCUUUCCAGUCGGGUACGAUUGGCUAUGGCAAAUGAUCCAACAAUGAAGAGCACCUCUGUCAGCAAACAACUGUCCUCAUCGAAAAUGUCCUCUUCUGCUCUGAAGAGAAAGCUCCCGUCCCCCAAAACGGGCGCUGUCAAACGGUCUCUUCUAAAAGAUCUCAAUAACAGCCCCCAGCAGGGUUUUCUGAAACCGACGGCUCUAACUUCGGCGAGUAAGGGUCGUCUCCUGUUGGCUUCGAAAUCGCCGGGUAAAAUCCCAACCAUCAAGGUUUACGAAACCAAGAAUGGAGGAUCGGUGGCCCAAAAGAGGCGUUCUCGACGCAAGUCUCAGAAUCGUUCACGUCGUAGUGUUUCAAGAGCGAAACCUGAUAUUAUUAUCACACCAAGCUCGGAAACAACCGUUACAUCCGAAUCCGUGUCAUACGAACAUUUUGAGAACUUCUUCGAGCACAACACCCCCAAUCGAUCAUCGCUAAUGCCACCGGACCGAAAAGCGGCCGCUGCCGCAGGAUCACGUGGCAAUCCUCGUCGAAAUCUGCGGACCAACGGAACCGUUGCCAGUACCCAAUCUACACCGUCCCGAAUUACCUUCCGGAACCCGACAGCUUCGUCCACGAUGCUAGGCUCCACCAUGCUUCGUUCGCCGUCCGGAUUCCUGGGCAAUACCACAGCCAGCGGAAAGAAACUGAUGCCCAACUCGAAAAAUUGUCCCAUCAUCUUCUGAAUAUCUGAAAAGCUAGUGAGUGAAGGUAUUAACUUAAUUUUCAACGUUAUUAAGAUAUUACUGUAUUUUUAUGUUUAUUUGAUCACGAGCUUUAUCCUUUUUCUGUUCAGAUUGUUCCGUAAGUUUUGAACCAACCGUCACAGUUUUAAUUGUUUGAUAGUCAAUUUUUGGCAAUUUUAUUUCUUUUAUGUUGCAAUUUUAACUAUUUCUCAGAAUACAAAAUGGACGCUCUCUAGAGUAUAAAACGAUAAAAAUAUAUUAAACGCUUCUAGUAAUAAAAAUGAACGAUGUGGGAGCUUCGAGUAAUAGACAAGUUUCGUGGCUGGUGAGGUAAGAAAUUUAUCUAAUAUAUUUUUGUACAAAUUAACAGCAUAAAAUAGUGGUUUUAAGUAGCAUCUAAGAAUAAAUCACAUUCGUUAAAUCGG